AUGGAUAGUACAAAAAGCAAAUGUGUUUUGUUAACUGGUGGCGCAGGGUAUGUUGGUAGCCAUACUAUUAUACCUUUAAUUGAAUCAGGGUAUGAGGUGGUGGUCUUAGAUAAUUUGUCAAAUGCAUGUAAAGGAAAUGAAGGACAAAAUCCAGUACCUAUAUCGCAUGUUGAAAAAUUAGUUGGAAAGCCAGUCACAUUCUAUAACGUUGAUCUCUUGGAUUAUGAUUCACUCUCCAAAGUAUUUGAUAAGCAUAACUUCUGCUGUGUUAUUCAUUUUGCUGGAUUAAAAGCUGUUGGUGAAUCAUGUAUCAUUCCUUUGACUUAUUAUCGAGUCAAUGUCUCAGGAUCAAUCAAUUUAUUUCAAGUUAUGAAAGAACACAAUGUAAAGAAGCUUGUAUUUUCCUCCUCAUCUACAGUAUAUGGUGAACCACAAUUUCUACCGAUAACUGAAUCGCACCCAGUUGGUCAAAAUUUACUCAAUGGAUAUGCUAAAUCAAAAUAUUAUAUUGAAGGAAUAAUACAAGACUUAUGCAAUUCUGAUAAAGAGUGGUUUGUGAUUAUUUUGCGUUAUUUCAAUCCAGUUGGAGCUCAUCCUUCUGGAACUUUGGGAGAAGAUCCUACUGGAAUUCCUAACAAUUUAAUGCCAUAUGUUGCUCAAGUAGCUGUCGGAAACCGACCAUGUAUAAAUGUUUUUGGUAACGAUUACAACACUAUUGAUGGAACAGGAGUAAGAGACUAUCUUCACAUUAUGGAUCUGGCCGAAGGUCAUGUUAGUGCAUUAAAAAAGCUACAAAAUUCUGAUGAAAAUGGAGCUAUAGCUAUAAAUUUAGGCACAGGAAAUGGAUACUCAGUGAUACAAGUAAUUGAUAUGUUUAGUCAAGUUAGUGGACAAAAAGUGAAAUAUGAUAUUGUUGAUCGUCGUUCGGGUGAUUGUGCUUCUUCUUAUUGUGAUGCAUCGUUUGCCAAAUCAUAUCUUGGAUGGGAAGCUAAGAGAACAUUGAAAGAAAUGUGUGAAGAUACAUGGAGAUGGCAGUCAUCAUAUCCUCAAGGUUUUUUGACUAAAAAAUAA